AAUGGCGUUGUCAACAAGCAAACAAGAUGGCGGCCUACGGAGCCCGUUCUCGCACCGCAUGGAUAGAAACUAGUUAAUGGAUGGGUAUUACGCCACUGUCAUCCUAUUUAAGACGGGAUGCUGAUGGGCAGAAUAUGCGAUCAUGACAUAGAGAAAAAAACAAAUAAAGGGCUGUGAUUAUUCCCAAGAUGGAGGAACCUUACUUUUUCCAACAAGCUGGAUUCCAUUAUCCAACUAAACGAUUCCGGAAACUUCCAGAGGACUUACCGGACAGUUUAAAAUUCGCUCACCUGAAUCCUCGGGUCGCUGCCUACCUGGCCAGCAAGGAAAAGCAAAAGCAGGAAGAAGAUUUGUUCGGAGAUGGAUUGGGGAAGAAAAGUCUUAUGCCAGAGAUUAACCAGGCAUUUCAGCAUGUUAAGAACCAUCUGGACACCACUCUGUCCAACGAUGAGGACUCACAAAGAUAUCUCUUUGAGGAGGCAAGGAGGUCAGCCUUAAGUAUUCUUUACCAGUUAGGGAGAAUUAUAUACAAUUAUGAAAGCCUUGGGGAAUUUAUUCCAAAGAGUUUGGAAUACCAGUUAAUGCUCAAUUAUAAAGAUCUCACUGCAGAUGUGAUACAUGUUCCUCGGGAAUGGCAGACGAUAGUAGCAAGGGAGAUGUUUAAUCGAAAAGUUACUGACAUCCCGAGUGACGAUGAUAAACAAGGUAUUGACGAGGACGGGAGGUCGACUCGGACUGAUAAACAAGACAAGUUAAAGAAGAAAGUGCCCAAGUCGGGUUUGCCGGAAAUAGUCGAGGAUGAGGACUCAAAUCGGACUACUGGUAUAGCGACAACUCGACGUAGUGAUAGCAAGCAGUCUGGUCAGUCCAAGAAACCAGGAAUGAGCAGGGCGGAUCGGGGAAAGAAUACCCUCCAUGCAGACUCCUCAAGAUUGUCAGUGGCGGGCUCCGUGAGAUCUCCAGGCAAUAGGCGCGGUUACCAUGAAGACUAUUUGUCAGCGCUGACAGAAACACCCUCGGACGCAAGAUACAGUUCAAUGACAACCAUGGGAAACCCCAGCUAUUACAUGUGUACAAUACAGUUCCAGCUGUCUUCAAAGCAGUGUGAAGAAAAAGGGUGGAUCGUGCAGAAGGGGAAGGAGGACGAGAUAGCGAGGGAGACGCUGCUGGAGUGGUGUGUUCAGAUUCUACAACACUGCAUGAAGAUCACACGAGAACAGUAUGCACAAGAAAUAGAAAUUGGUUUUGACAAACCUGCUCAAGUUCGUUACUAUGGUGACACUAGAAAAGAAACUUUGUUAAAAUACCGAAAAUCGCCAGUAAAGCCUUCAAUCAACCCAGCAGUGAGAGGCCAGAAACCACGGAUACCUCACAUGUAUGACGAUCGCAACGAGGGGAAACAACUCAUGCUGACUUCACACGUGGACGGCACAACAGUCGCGUACUACCCAUCAGGCCGUCCAGCAGUGGUGAGCAGUGGGGCCGGGUACGGCCGGCCAGGCUACUACACCAUAGCCUACACUGAUGACCUGGACAUGAAGAUGCUGGCCUGUUUCACACCGGUUGGGAAAGGGUGCUGUUAUCAUCCCAAUGGUGUAGUCAAGUUUUUAGCAACGGAGAAGGGAGGCCAUUUAGCAGAAGAUGAUGGAACAGUCUCCCAAAAAUGGAAGUGGCCACAUGGAAAUGUGAAAAUAACAUCACCAGUCAGUUUCCAGAUAAACAGUUUCCUGACAUUCCGCUGCGUGAGCCAGAGCUCCAUGGUGCUACACUUCAACUGUAUGAAGGAGAGUGCUAAGUUCCCGGUGGGGCCUGUGCCCGGAGCAGUCGAGCCACGACAAGGAGAUGAAAAUGAGCAGCUACUAACAACUUUCACCUUCUCAUCACGAGCUGCCAAAGAACUACUCAGACUUUUUGCACCAAAGACUAAAACAAAAUCAAAAUCAAAGAAAAAGGAUAAGUACAAGGGUCAACUCGCUGAGCUCCAGAAGAUGAUGGAGGUCCAGGACCAGAUCCAGUAUGAUACGGAGGCUGACAAGGAGCUAGCCCGGCUCCAGAGGAAGGCAAGAAACUUAGUAGAUGACUGGCUGGAGCACUACCGUCUAGCACUGGAGAUGUGCACACCCACACUCAACUCCCUUCAAGACAUGCCAUCUGUACGGCGCCGAUACGCCCAGUCGGCUCGACUAGCCGGGGACGUUGUCGGCAGCACCAGGAGAGGGUUAGUGUCCAGGUCGCCGGACACAAGUAAUGUAUUCCGGACACUGAGAGCCCCAUCCGCUCCUGCAGGGAAUCAGAAGAGAGAUUCAUCAAUGGCCGAGAGUCGUCAGCCAUCACCUAAUCGGUCGUCUAUGGUUAAGUUUGAAGAGAAGUCAGAGAUGUUCACAUAUGGACAGGGAGAUGAAAGGACAGUGUCUCCUACUGCUGUAUCUGUCAUGAGAAGACUGUCAGAAGUUGGUUCCAGAGCCCAGUCAGCUCUCGGUCAUUGUAAGUCUCCCACCCGACAGAACACCAACAUGUCCCUGCCGGAACGCAUCCGUUCUGCCACCUUGUACCACAGCACGUGUCCCCUGGCUGUCAGACAGUUUGCCAUGACGGGGGUGAAGAGUCAGUGUCGAUGUAACCGUUACGCCAUGCCCAACAUCACUGACAUCGAGUUUGACGAGUUCAUCCUCAGGGAGGCCCCACCAUCCCAGCUCCAGAUUGUGUGUGCUGUGUCCUCUCUCUACCCCCAUGCUACAGGGGCUGAGGACAUGUUGAACCAUCUGUACAACAACAUGAACAGGAACCGGACACGCCCGUGCACCCAGUGUCGAGGCGACACGUACAGGAUAUUCAAGUACGAUAUCAACACAGCAGCAGACAUGUCUGACCACACUCAGCCCCUACUCCUCACCAGGCACAACGUGGUUCCAGGAAUGUUCCUGAUCUAUGCUGAUGGCCGCCUCCUGUUCUGUGAUCACAUCUUCAAUGGCUAUGGCAACACCAGCAGAAAGGACUUCAAGAAGCAGAUCAUGAAAUCAAGGCUAGACUCACUUCAGGGCUUCUCCCUGCCUAAAGAUUUCAGAUUUAGCCCUAGUCGAGGUCGCCAUGGUGCCCGGUCAGCGUGGGGUGGGGAGAUCGGUGGCGCCGGGGUGGAUAAUUAUGGCAGUCCAGGGACGUCGGUCAGUAACGCACUCAUGCCAAGACUUCAUUCAUCCGACAGUGGGGAGGGGCCGUCCUUAGACAAAGUAAAGGACCUGCAUCCUGUGGCCAAGUUGAUCAGCCUCAGCCUCAGCCUCUCUCCCAUCAGCUACCGACCGACCGCUCACCUGACCUCUCCCCUCAAACAGCAACCAAUAGCUCACUCAAUACCCGGGACAACAGGAUGAGGCUGGACACCUGAGUACCUUCAAUUUGGAGAACACUCUCACCCUGCGUCUUAAAGUGCCAGUUAUUCCCCUUGCAGUGUUCAAAAUUAAGCUGAAGUCAAGGUGUCCUUGCCAGUGCCCUCAUAGAAAAAGAUUUAGGGUCGCUAUAUACUUCAUAUACUGUAUGACCAAAUCUCAAGGACCCCAGCACCCGAGUUAAUUUUGAGCACUGCCAUGUCUGGGUCAGGAUGUAAUGAUUCAGAUACAUAUUGGUUCAUGAUGCUUGAGUGGCAAUAUAGAACACAUCUUCCCGAGGCAAGAGAGUUAACUGACUUUAAAAGUCCAGUUUCCACCCUUGCCGAACUAGGCUGAAAUUACUGGGCUCAAUCGUAGCACCACCAGUGGCUAUUACCAGUUAUGU